AUGCCUGAAACCUGGGAAAUCUCGGAAAUGCUGGCCAACCCAAAGGUCAUCUUUGCUAACCCAAAGGUCAACACUUCAACUUUUGCAUUGGAAUUUGCGAUGAGACGCAGGACUCAACAACAGCUUCUUGGCCUAGCCCAAGACGCCAUCGACGGCCUUGAAACCCAGCUCGAGCAAAACAGACGCUUGACCUCCAUCGCGAGUCGCAUCAAGGGCCAAGGAACCGAGUGGGAAGACGAACUCAAGCACAGAAGACAGUUGAGACUUAUCCUGGAGAUAGAGCAAUGGGUGGACCGGUUCAGUAUGCUUCUGCGCCGCCGCAAUGCCGAGAUAAUACCCGACAUCGCGGACAAUGAGAAGUUCAUUAAUGAUUCUGGCGAGCUUCCCGCGGUGCUCAACGACGAAGACUCCAGCUUCACCGAUCAACGCAUCAGCCAGCUGAAAGGUGGUGCUUAG